GCCUGGGACUGCAGCUUGGAAUCUCACCUGUCGCAACUCGCUUCUUCUGCCAGGAAGUUCCCAGCUUCUUGCCGGUUGCGGCAGGACGGCAACUAUUUCUACAAGGCAGCCAAGGAUUAGUGGCAGGGAUCGCUCUCGCGUGAGUCAGAUUACACUGACAUUUGCGCAGAGAUAUUUGUGCACUUCCACUGAGCGGAGUUGGGCGAGGCGUGCUCCUAUCCUCUCGCUGCCCUCAUAAAUAGUGGGUGGUCGGUUUCAGCGGCAUCGCCUAUGGAAAAGACUAGAUGAGUGCAGGCUGGAUGCAGUUCGACAUUCGGUAAGGAGAACUUGUGGAGGACAACAUAGAACCAGAUAGAGAUUAAAUCAACCAAAGACUUCUCACAGGCCUCUGAUGAGCAGACAACUGUCCGGGAAUAAAAUGAUGCCAGACCAACGCAUUGUUUCCGUGCUUCUGCCAAACAAUGAACAACUUGAAGUCCUGGUUGGGGUAAAAGAUACAGUUCAACAACUCUACAAUCAAGUUUGUGACAUACUAAAGAUCCGAGAUGAUCACUUCUUGGGACUGAGUGUGGUACAGAACAAUGAACACAUUUUCAUGGACUUGGAGCAGAAGCUAAACAAAUAUUUUCCCAAGGAAUGGAAGAAAGAAACAAGCAAAAACGAUGAAAAGGUUGGCUCUCCAUUUGUCGUUUGUUUAAGAGUGCAGUACUAUGUAGAAAAUGGAAAAGUAAUAAGUGACAAGAAGGCAAGGCACUUCUAUUAUUGCCAACUCAAAGAGCAAGUCUUGAACUCUAGCUGCACAAGCAAAGAAGAAGCCUAUUUUUUGCUUACGGCGUAUGCAUUGCAGGCUGACAUGGGAAAUUACAAAAAGAAUGUGCACACUGGGAGCUACUUUGAACCUCGGUGUUAUUUCCCUGAAUGGGUAAUUAGAAAAAGGGGCUGUGAGUAUAUUUUGAAGCACGUGCCAAAAAUGCACAGAGAGCAGCGUGGAUUGACUUCAAAGGAGGCGAUGCUGAGGUUUAUUAAAGAGGCUUGUCUUUUAGAGGAUGUGCCUGUUCAUUACUACCGGCUUCAGAAAGACAAAAAGGAAGAGCAUCCCUCAGUUGUGCUUGGACUCACUUUGAAAGGCAUGCAUAUCUAUCAGGAGAUUCACAAUGUCCGACAUUUGUUGUACGACUUUCCCUGGUCAAAUAUUGGCAAGCUAACCUUUCUGGGAAAGAAAUUUGAGAUCCAGCCAGAUGGUUUGCCCUCGGCUCGAAAGUUGAUCUAUUACACAGGCUGUCCAUUCCGAUCCAAGCAUCUCCUGCAGCUCCUCAGCAAUAGUCACCGGCUCUAUAUGAACAUUCAGCCUGUGCUCAAACAGAUCCGGAAAAUGGAAGAAACAGAAGAUAAAAAGCGCUACAGAGAAUCGUACAUCAGUGAUACCUUUGAGAUGGAUCUCGGACGACUAGAUGCACAUUCCCAUGGCAGUGGGAGCAGCCAGGGAAGCGAAAGGAAGAAAUGUCCCUCUCGUCAGUCAACGGUCAGCCACAGCAGUUCACACACCUCUGGAAUUGAGGCAGAUUCAAGAUACAGAAUGUCUGCAGAAAUGGCAGUGGAUGAGCCAUUGUCCAGCGAAGCUGUGCACAGUAUGGCUCAAUCUUGUAGUUCCAUGAUAAGCCGUGGAAGCUCCCAUACAUCAGGAAUUGAGAGCAACAACAAAUAUCGGACAGAGAAUAAUGGUACGGACAUUGAGGAAGAGGUACCUAUCAAUAAUUUACUUAGGAUACCACAUUCAAACUGUCUGAUUGAAGGUGAAUCUGUCGACAACACCCUGGAAGAAGAGGAUUACCAGCAAGGCGAGUCAGAAAUUGGUAUUGGUAAUGAACUCAUUGAGAGUUUAUGUGAUCCUUCAGUAAAACUUCAAGGGCAAAGUGUUAACACACUCUCACAGGCCUCACGUUCUAAGUCAAGAAACUCAACUGAUCGGCACAGUCAGAGUUUAGAUGAUGUACGCUUGUACCAACGACAACCACCUUUGUGCUCUACUUUGUCUUCAGACAACUCUCAGAGCUACACUUUUGGCUGUAUCUAUGAGGACAAGGAUAGCCAAUUUUGUUAUACUUAUUCCACAGCAGAUUGUAAGACUAAGUCCACUUUCUAUGGUAAACGUUCAAUGAACUGUCUGUCCUUGGAUCUUCUUGGAGAUGAACAACUAAUGGAAUUUGUGGUGUAAUUAAAGACUGUAUAAAUACAGUGGAUAUGUUCACUAGCAAAACUUGGACUGAUCUACUUUGAGUAUUAAAGAAGGAACACAAAAUAUCCUCCAGUAAGAGCCCACACUGAGUAAACAUUCAAAAACUUGACCCUUAAAGUAAUUAUUGCAAAUACCUUAAUGGAUUAUUUUAUACCUCAUCAUCUCAGCUGAAGACUCGCUGUAAGAGCCAGCAGCACUUAUUGCAGUAUUUUGGAACUUGCUGUGGUAAUGCUGUAAUGAAUUUUAUACCUAAUUUAUAUUUCAGAAUCCAGCACAUUUUUGUUGAUGGUGACCUCUGCAAGCAAUUUGACAUUUGUCCAAAUGAGAAAAAUGCAGGUAGUGCAGCAAAUUUGUGAGGUGUUCCAAUACUGAUGAAUUGGGAAGCUGUGAAUUAUAUAGAAUGGAAGUGGAAUUAGUUUCACUGAGAUACAGUGAAAAACUUCUGUUUGCAUGCCAUCGUGACCUUCAUUCAUUACUCCUUCAGCUAUAAGACCAAAUUGUGUUUCAGGAGUAAGCUAACCUGAAAGUUAACUUUUAACAAACAAUUCAGCAAGGAGUAUGAGAAGGAUAGAAUAUUUUCUCCAGAAAAUUAUUGACUGUUUUAUUUUUAUAUUCCUCUCUGCUUUAAAGAGGAAUUUAAAUAUGUGCUAGUAAGUAACAAUGAAUGAUUAUGCUGAUUUUACAGAUAUCUUUAACGGGUGGUAAAAGGACUGAUGCUUCAGAUGACAAAUAAACGGUUAUUACUUUGGCAUCACUGCAGAGUGAUGAAUAGCUGAGUUAGAAAGGAAACUAGAAGUCCAGCCAUGAUGGGUAAUACUGUGGUAAUAUUGCAUAACAAAGAAAAAUUGGAGGCAUACUAUGUUGGUGCUGGAAUGUGUGACAAUGCUUGCAGAUUGACCACAGCACUUAUCUAGGCUGUACUGGUUGUUAACACAAACAAUGCAUUUCACUGUACCUUUUAACAUACAUGUGAUAAAUAAAUCUGACUCUAGAGGUGGUAGAACAAGUAUCCACCUUAAUGACUAAAUAGUUUCAAGUAAAGUUGUACUGAAAUUACGAAAAUCAUCAUUCUUAAAAUGGAAGGAAAGAAUCUCAGUCCAGUCCAAAAUGUCGACAGUUUAUUCCUCUCCAUAGAUGCUGCCUAACCUGCUGAAUUCCUCCAACAUUUUUUGUGUGUCACUCAUGAGAGAAUCCACUGCAGUUUCAUAUUCCUGCCUACCUCUUGAUGUUACUUUUUCUGUUUCCACUAUAUAGAGUUGUGAUAUAGCUUGUGAUAAACUGAGCCAGAUUGUGCUGGUGUAUUCUGGAAGUGUUCAUUUGAAACAAACUUUUCAGUAAUAUUGUAAUGUAAAAAUUAAAAUUGUGUAAAUUAUCACUCCUCAGACAAUGAAUCAGUCCAAGGCAGCAAGGAAAAACUUAAAUAUCCAAUACUUAAAGAGGCUUAACAGCAAUAUUAUCGUCCAGGUUGCUAAAAUGGGGAUUAUAGCUGGCAGAAGGCAAAUUGUUGAGAAAGAUAAACCCACCUGAUAUAAUCUACACAGAUCUACAUCAUCAAAGUAUAUGACUUUGACAAUGUUGCAAGUGAUGGACCAUCACAGCAUCCUCAUGGAAAGAAAUGCCAUGGUCUUGUUUUCUCUAGUGGCUGCAAGCUGGGGAACCACGAGUCACUGUAAUCCAUCAGAAAGAACAAAAUUGUACUUCACCACAUCUUGUAACCUCAUGGAUGAACCAUAUACCUCAUUCUAGUAUCAAUGUCAAACCAAUAUCUGGUUUCUCACUGAGACAUAAGAAACAGCAUCAAACAUAUCUGAAAAUGGGAGCUGUUUCAGUGAAACUACAAUGGAGGAUGGCAUGCAUAUGAGUGCAUUUAAGCAAUCCAAGACCCAACAGAUUGAAUCAAUACUGUUGUCUUGCAGUGUUGACACAUGAAAGCUGCUGAACUACGGAGAAAGCUCCAUGAAUAUUCCAUGAUAGCAUGAGUGUAAAAGAUGAGGCUGAACUGUUUGCUCCCAUCUUUAGCUAUACAAGGGCAGAGUAGAUGAAUGAUCCAUUCUAGAUAACUCAUGUGGCAUAUCGUAGUUUAUAUUGUUUUAACGCCACUUGGUUUUGAUUUCAUUAAAAUCUUGGUCUCAACUUGGAUAAAAGAGUUGAAUUCCAGAAGACUGACAUAAAAACAGAAAUUAUUGGAUUGUUGCAUCAAUGGGAAUCAGAGCAGCAAUUCCUUAAAAACAACUUGGGACAUGUACAGCAGGUACACAGAACCAAGCAAUCCAAGUUCUCUACCAAGCCAUAAACCUCAACAUAUAUUGCCUUUUCUUUGUGCCCAGCAGCACUGAACCUAAUAUCACUCUUAUAUACAGAACCUAAUAUACAGCCGAUAUGUCAACUGUACUUCUUCCUAUAGAGGCUGCCUGGCCUGCUGCGUUCCACCAGCAUUUUGUGUGUAUCACUCUUGAGAGUAGCUUCAUCACAGGCUGCAGUCCUUCAAGAAGGCAGUUUUUUUUAAAAUCAGCUUCAAGGUCAGCUACUAAUGGGCCAUGAAUGCUGGCCUUCCUAAAACUAUACACAACCUGAGUAUGAAACAAAAAUUUCCUGAACAAAAAAAACCUUAAUAUGAGGAAUUGCAUUGCCCUGCUUUUCGGAGCAGCCUUGAUGCUGAUGCGUGCCUAACUGCCUUAAAUGUUCUUCGGAGUAAGAGAAUAUAUGACUAAUAUUACAAUGCAGUCCACUGUAAAAUAAUGAAAAGUUAGCAAUAUAGGCCAAAUAACCACAAUAUGGAUGAUUUGAAGGUGAGAGUUCAGAUACUGAGAUGAAGAGAGGCAGAAUUAAUUCCUGUCCUUAUUAUAUUUAUUACUUUGUAAUGUGCUUGUUUAAAAAAAACUUUAAAGUGAUGAUUAUUCAGCCCUCUCAAAUGGAACUGAGCAUCUAGUCUAUGUCUUUGUCCUUUCUCCAUAUUCUUCAGUACUUUGUCCUUUUAUAUGUUUACCUAGUUGUUAUUUAAGCUCUGUCUCCAAGUAAUUCAUAUUACAUUCUAAUGCCCCUCCUAUGUAAGAUUUGGACUUUAUCUUCCCUAUUCUGGUAAAAACACGAUGGUUUGAAAAUCAUAAACACUUGGUCCAGGUCGCAUUUUAGUUAACAUUCACUGUUUUCUCUGUGACUUCCUUUGAGGUACUCUAACUGAAUGCCGAUAUCCUGACAUGUUGCCUGCAACCUGACAGUACAUGAGCAGCUAGGAUAAAUCAACCAGAUUAAAAAUGUUAAUAUUAUUUACAUUUUUCCCCUAUAAGCCAAAUAUUGUUUUCUCCUAAACUCCUUUCCCUUUAUCAAUUGCCAUGCAGACUUGCUUUCUUUUCCUUCUUCAUGUAUUUUCUUGUUCACUUAAUCAAACACACACACAUUGGUAGUGCUAGUAUGUUGUGAACUGAGGAGCUGAACGUGCAAGCUGUUAUAUAAUGAAUUAUUUAUAUUUCUUUCAAACCUGCAUUAUGUUCUUAUAAACCAUAAUAACAUUUGUUACCUAGUUUGUAGAUUUGGAAAAUCUAUAUGUACACUUCCUCGAGGAUUGCUUUAAAAUGCUGAAGAACAAUCACGUUGUAUUGUUUAGAACUUUAUUACAGUAUUAUAAAUAAGCACUGAUAAUCAUGCAAGUUAUCAUGUUUAUUUAGAUGUUGAAGAAAUAGAUUAUGUUUGUCUAAACCCCUAUUAUAUUUGUUGGGGGGGGGUUAAAUAUUUGUUAUAUAGAAUAGUUGAAUUGUUAUUUGUAUACAUUAAAGAUCUAGUUUUAAGUCUAAAAUAUUUUACAUCCACUGACACCCUUUCCAUGAAAGGACCUUUAUUAUUUAGAUAAAAUAAAACAUAAAACUUAAAAUUUCUUGCUGUAUUUUUUUCCAGAUUGGGCAGAUAAAUAUCUACACAAUUUUUCAGCUGUUUUGUUACUUUGUAGGUGUUCUUUCAGUUUCUGUACAUUAACUAAGCAAUUGUGAUUCCCAACAAGUGGGAAUCUAUUUGCCAGUAUUUAGCUAACAGCUUUGUACGUUUCAAUCUGUUGGUAAUCUUCAUCUCCCUCAUCAAAAAGUGCAGAAAACUGUUUCAGAUCAUUGGUUAGUCAAUAUCAGAAUGUUACUUAUUUCAACUCUUACCAUUAUUCUGUCAAUUCCCCAAUACUAAACUGCAUUCCCUCUCUGCUUCUUAAAUUCCUUUAUUGCACUGUCCUACCAGUCUUCAUUCUAUAGUUUGUUGACCCAUAUUAGUACCUAUUCCUCAUGGUGUUUCCUUCAGAAUUCUCAGUUUCCUCUGCUAUUCCCUACAUCAUUUUAUGGUCUACCACCCCUCCCCACUCCAUCCAAUUUCUGUAUGUAAACUUUCAUUUAACUUCGCCAAAUUUUCUGUAUGGCUUUUUCCAAAUCUUCCAACAUUAUUUAUCUGUUAUAAAAUUCAGAACCUGCCUACUGCUGUG